AUCCAACACAUUAAUCGCAAUUGCGGUCAGUUAAUUACGCAGAGUCGCCGACUAGCCACAGAGCGGUGCCGCCGCUUUGAAUCUCAUCGGUCGAUCGACCGUCUUCCAGACGAGAGGAAUAGAGAUUUCCUAUCUGAUUGAUUAAUCCGUACUUGUAUAGGAGUAGAGUGACCGCUGUGAUUUCGAAAAUGUUAGCGCAGGCGCAGCUACUGUUCACGGUGGCUUUCGUGGAGAUGGCGGUGAUACUGCUCCUCCUCUUCAAGACCCCUCUGCGGAAGCUGUUGAUUGCCGCCAUCGACCGGGCCAAACGCGGCCGCGGCUCUCUCGUUGUCAAGUCCGUCGGCGCCACUGUUCUCGUGCUCCUGAUCUACACCGUUUACUCCAUCAGGGACAUCCAAUCCCGGCCCCUCGAGAACAUCAAUCCCACUGAGCAAGUCCUCCUUGCUUACCAAGUCCUUCAAGCCUCCCUCAUGGGGUUUGCACUGUUUCUUUCGCUUAUGAUAGACAGGCUGCACCACUACAUAAGAGAGCUGCGCGUACUGAGGAAGGUUAUGGAAGCUGCCAAGAAACAAGACCAAAGCUUCGAUAACGGUAAGAGUGGAGAUAAGGUCAGUUCCCUAAAAGAAGAGAUAUCCUCACUAAAGUCUAAGAUAAGAGUGCUGGAAUCAGAGCGCGAAGAUGUGAGAGCCAAUAGAGCGAAUUCUGAGUCCCUUAAACAACAGUACGAGAAAAUAGUAGACGAGUAUGGGGAAUUGCUGGAGAAGAACGAACAUCUUCGAAGCCAAUUGCGUGCUAUUGGUGAAAAGUGAAAACGGGUCUCGUUCAGAUAACAAGAAACUUGGGGUGCCAUUGCUUGAGAUUGAUGGUGGUUAUGAUCUCUGGGUGCUGCAUUAAGUUCCAACCAAAACACUGUCUUUCUUUUGAUAUAUCAUAUUUAUAUUUCUGGGUUAACAAUGAACAUUGCUGUCUGUUUAAUUAUAUGCAUAUAUGCAAGUGUAUUAAAUUAUCGUGUUUUUAUGGAUUU